UAAUCUAAUUUCUUUGGUAUCUGAAAGAGGUUAGAGAAAUCGGUGAGUUUGUUAUAAAAAUAUGAUGAUGAUGAUAUUUGUGUGUGAGAAAGAGGUGUGUAUCUGUUACGUGCAGGAAGAAUCGUCGUGUGUGAGCGAGUCGUUUAUAGAGAGGAGAGGUGUGGUGAGCUCUUUGAGUGUUUAUCCGACGAUUUGUCUGACAAGUCUUCGUUACCAUGUCGGAGAGGAAGCUCGUGGUUUUAGGUAUCCCAUGGGACGUCGAUACAGAAGGUCUAAGGGAAUAUAUGAUUAAAUUUGGGGACUUGGAGGACUGUAUUGUCAUGAAGGAGCGUGCUACUGGUCGUUCUCGUGGAUUCGGCUAUGUCACAUUUGCUACAGUUGAGGAUGCUAAGAAUGCGUUGUCCAAGGAGCACUUUCUUGGAAACAGAAUGCUAGAAGUGAAAGUGGCGACACCUAAGGAGGAGAUGAGGGCUCCUGCAAAGAAAGUGACCAGGAUUUUCGUUGCUAGGAUUCCGCCAUCUGUGUCUGAAGCUACUUUCAGAAGUUAUUUUGAAAAGUAUGGUGAAAUAACAGAUCUAUACAUGCCAAAGGAUCCAUCUACUAAGGGACAUCGUGGAAUCGGGUUUAUUACUUUUGCAAAUGCUGAAUCAGUUGAUGAUCUGAUGAAUGACACCCAUGAACUGGGAGGUUCCACAAUUGUGGUCGACCGAGCAACACCCAAGGCAAAAGAUUUCAGACCUGUUAGUCGGAUGUCUCAGGGUGGAGGAGGAUAUGGUGCAUAUAAUGCAUAUAUUAGUGCAACAACUAGAUAUGCUGCGCUUGGUGCUCCCACCUUAUAUGAUCAUCCAAGCUCUAUGUAUGGAAGAGGAGGAGGAGGAGGAGGAUUUCCAUCUCGUGGCGGCAUGGGCAACAAAAUCUUUGUUGGUCGACUACCUCAAGAGGCAACAACUGAAGAUCUUCGCCAGUAUUUUGGUAGAUUUGGCCGUGUUUUAGAUGUUUAUGUUCCAAAGGAUCCCAAAAGACCAGGGCACAGAGGGUUUGGUUUUGUCACAUUUGCUGACGAUGGUGUUGCUGAUCGUGUUUAUCGAAGGCCUCAUGAGAUAUGUGGACAUCAGGUUGCAAUAGAUUCUGCCACUCCCCUUGAUGAUGCUGGUCCAAGUAGUAAUUACAUGAUGGAUCCUCCUCCUGCUCCUGAAGCAUAUGGGGGAUACGGUGGUCCUAUGCGUAGCUAUGGCAGGAUGUAUGGGGGCCUAGAUUAUGAUGAUUGGGGCUACGGCCUGGGUGGAGGGAGACCUUCAAGAUCAGAUAUGAGAUACAGGCCCUACUAGCGGGCGUGCUAGUAGCUUUGUGUGGAAGCUUGGUGUCGGGUGUCAACAUAGACAUGUCAUAUUUACUCAGCUUAUUAGGUGGACAUCAUAAGACGUGCUACUGAUAUUUCCUUAAUUUAAUUGAAGGAACAGUACUGAUGGAUUGUGCAAUUCACUUAAUGCUUGACCCUUUGUAUUAGAAUUAUAAAAUAAACAAAGAACAAGUUUUUAAUUUC